AUGGCUUCUUGUCGAGAGCCCUGGUUAAUUUUGAGGUUUUUGUUGCUUUUAGUUUUCGCUGUAUGUCAAACGACAGCGUUUGGAGAGGUCACGAGGGCGCCUCAGAUAGAGCAGCAGCAGCUGCAGCAGGAGGGGCAACGGCAACGGCACAAAAACGCAUAUGCGACGAUGAUGUAUAUGGGGACUCCUAGAGACUACGAGUUCUACGUGGCGAUACGGGUGAUGCUCAGAUCUCUUGCCGGAUUACACGUGGAUGCUGAUCUCGUUGUCAUUGCUUCCCACGAUGUUCCUCCCCGUUGGGUUCAUACCAUGGAACAGGAAGAUGGCGCAAGGGUAAUGAGAGUGGAAAAUGUGGAUAAUCCAUAUCAGAACCAACCCAAUUUUGAUAGGAGAUUUAAAUUAACAUUGAACAAACUCUAUGUAUGGAAAUUGGUGGAAUACGAGCGGGUGGUCAUGCUUGAUGCUGAUAAUCUUUUCCUUAGAAAACCUGAUGAGUUGUUCCAAUGUGGACAAUUCUGUGCAGUUUUCAUCAACCCCUGCAUCUUCCAUACUGGCCUCUUUGUGUUACAGCCAUCCAUGGAAGUGUUUAAGGACAUGCUUCAUCAGUUGGAAAUUGGGAAAGAAAACCCAGAUGGUGCAGACCAAGGUUUUAUUAGCAGCUACUUCCCGGACUUGCUUGAUAUGCCAAUGUUCCAUCCACCUCUAAAUAAAACCUCAGUCAACGGAUCCUAUAGACUUCCUUUAGGCUACCAAAUGGAUGCCACUUAUUACUAUCUUAGACUCCGCUGGAACGUACCGUGUGGGCCUAACAGUGUGAUUACUUUCCCUGGUGCGUCAUGGUUGAAACCAUGGUAUUGGUGGUCAUGGCCUGUUUUGCCAUUAGGCAUUCAAUGGCAUGAACAACGUCGCCAAAAUCUUGGAUACGGAGCAGAGACGCCCAUGGCACUUGUUCAGUGCAUAGUUUACCUAGGUAUAAUAGCAGUAACACGUCUAGCGCGGCCAAAUAUCUCCAAGCUUUGCUAUCGGCGCACAGAAAAGAACAUCUCCGUGAUACAAGCCGGUCUUAAAAUGUUAGCAAUAUGGUCAAUUCUUGCAGCCUAUAUACUCCCCUUCAUCUUCAUCCCUUGUACAAUUCAUCCUGUAUUAGGCUGGGGAUUGUACUUGCUCGGUUCGUUUGCACUUUGUUCCAUAGCAAUCAAUGCGUUUAUGCUGCCGAUGCUACCAGUUUUGACGCCAUGUUUAGGGAUAUUUGGGGUACUUUUGGUCAUGGCGUUUCCUUUUUACCCAAAUGGUAUUAUAAGAGCUUUAUCUAUUUUUGGUUACGGAUUCUGUGCUGCACCUUUUCUCUGGGUAUCGUUGGUUAAGAUCAUGGCAAGCCUUCAAGUAUCACUUGAAAGGGAAAAUUUCUUCCCUAGAUUGGGUGAAUCUUCUCCGCCUUCUGGAUUCAACAAGUUGUAUUAG